AUGCCAUCACUCAUCAGUCUGUACCUGUUCACCGCGACGCUCGCAACUUCCAAAGCAGAAUCGUUGAGAUCAACUCAAAACUUAAAUGAGAAGAUGAUACCAAUUGACGUUACCUCUCGAAACCAUGCCAAGUUUUCGCGUAGUGAUCCUGUCUUACGUUCAGAAGAUGAAGCAAGGAUGAUGGAUAUAGAUCGAGCACAAGAUGUCAUCUUGACGCCAUUAAAGGAGGUUCUUGGUAGUACUUUUCGUACUACUACCAACGGUGGACAUGCUUCAAAUAUCAAUGCUAUUGUUAAUAAGGUCGAGGAUCAAACCAAGGCUGGUGCCAAGGACAAGCUUGCUGCUGCUAAUGCUCAUACUGCUGCUAACGCUCAUGAUACUGCUUAUGAGCCCGAUCCUGCUUACAAAAAGGCUCUUGCUGAUGUAUUUGCGUUCGUUGAGCCUUUAAAAGCUACUGGUUCUGCUUACGGUGCGCAGAAAUUAGCUCAUUCUCAAGCUGCUGUCCAUGCUUCUGCCCAUUCUCAAGCUGCUGUUCAUGCUCCUGCUUACGUUCAAGCUGCUUUUCAUGCUCCUGCUGUUGCUCAGACUGCUAUUCAUGCUCCUGCUGACGCUCAGGCUGCUGUUCAUGCUCCUGCUGACGCUCAGACUGCUGUUCAUGCUCCUGCUCCUUUUGAUGUCAUAGAUAUUCUUUCCGACGAUGAGUCUGCUGCUCGUGUUUUUUCUGACGAUGAGUCUGCUGUUCAUACUCUUUCUGACGCUGAGUCUGCUUUACACGCUCCUGUUUACACUGAGACUGCUGUACAAGAUCCUCCUUUAGCCCAGGCUGCUGCAAACGCUCAUGACAAUUAUGUUAUUCCAACCGUGAAGGCUCCUGAUGAGUUGUCAGAACGUUUCACUUACGAUUGUAAAAUGACCCAAAGAGCCCUUACCUCAAAACUAAGUAAGUGGCCACCGGAAAAGGCAGCAAGAUUCCAGAAGAAUUGUCCUCCUUUUGAGAACUUUCUACUUAAAAGUGAAUCCGAUUCUUUUUACAAAGAAUCACUUAUCCAGCUUUUACAAUGGCUUGAGAGUCGUCCAGGCACCAAACAGGUUUUUGCGAUGUAUUUUCCUGAGGUGUACGGACUGGCUUAUACCCAAGGAUUUCAGAUUGAGAGGCUACCAAUCAUUCAGGAAUUUCUUAACGAUCAAAAAAAGUUGGCACCCGCUAUCAAGGAAUUCUUGGCGGCCGAACUUCCUGCAGCGAUGGAUAUAGUCGCUGCUCAUAACAACGACAUAUUAAGUUUAUCGAGCAAUUUCAGAUCAACUUUAUCUCUAAAUGCCGAUGUCAAAGAGGUGGUAUAUUCAAUGUUACGGCAUCACAAAGCCCCGUGGGAAGUGUUUUUGGAAUUGGGACGCAGUUAUGACAAGACAAAGACAUCGAGUGUACAAGCUUAUCACUUGUUCACUCAAUUUCAUGUGGCUUGUCACUUCAUAAUGUGGCUCGAAAAUAAAUGGAACAAAGUGAUCAUUGAUGUUGAUAAAUCAAUAUGA